AUGUUUAACUCAGUUGAAUCCUCAACCUCGGCAGCGUCCUCCCCCGCACCGGAAGCCUCCAGCUCGCUAUACCUCAGCAGGUAAGUAACCUGGGGCACCCAGGGGGAAAGAGAGCAAUGUUAUUCACUUCACCUGGCAGUGUUUUUAAUUUUGUGGCUAAUCAGUGGAUACUCCACAUAUAAAGUAUCUCAAGAUAAUUUUGCAAUUGUGGUCAAUGUUUUCUCAAUUAAAUAACAAAAUUUAACGUCAUGAUACCAAAGAAAAUUGUUAUUAGACUCAUUAUUUGCAAUGCAAAAGAUGCUGUAUCACUUAUUGCCUUAACUUUUGUAUUUUUUUUUAAUGUAUUCCAGGAAAGAAUUACCAGUCAGAAGCUGCUGCAAAUAUGGGCUCGGUCAACAGACAACAAGGUUCAGUAAGCAUUACAUAUAUUUUUGGGCUUUAUGUAAGUGUUUUAGUUUUCUCAUAGAGUCCGUUUAAAUAUCUAAGACUAUAUUAUUGUAACAUAUGCCAUAAUUUUUUCUCUUUAUAUAUUGUCAUAUCAUGGUAAAACCAAAUUUGAUAUAUGUAAAAGCAGAUUCAAUGUUUUUAAAUCUUCAGCUCCAUUGUGUUGCCAUUUAAUCAGUGUCUAUAAUAAAGGAACAUAAUGGGCAUAUAACUUAACAUAACUUAAGUGCAUUUGAUAGACUUUGAUUUUGUUUUGUCUCAUACUCAUGCUAUAAUUUUCUCCCUAUUCAAACCUCUUUAGUUUUGCUUAACCACUUAAGGACCAAGGCUCUUUUGAGAUGUAAUACAUUUGUGACCAAGAACCUUUUGGCACUUUUGCUAUGUGUUCCUUUAUAGGGUUUUCUUGACAUUAAAUAUAAAUUUAAAUUUAAACAAAUUUGAAAAAAAAAACACUUUUCCAUUUAAUAAUUUCUACACAAGUCCAACAGAAAAGCUAACUCAAAAAGCAUGCACUAAUUAUUCCUUAAAAUGCCCAAUAUGUUUAGGAUUUAAAAAAAAAAAUUCAAGUAUAAAACACAUUUUUUUUAAAGUUUAAAACACAUAUUGCAAGGAGUGAAUUACAGUUUCAAAUCUAAAACUUUGCAAAAUCUAGCAUGCUGAGAUUUCAAAUUAUAUAGUAGUCAAAGAAUCAAAAACCACUACACAACCAUGCACCUCAAGGAGGACACAACCCCAACCUUGGCAUACUAAAUCAACACACUAUCUGCAGAGUUGCUCCCAUUGUGCUGAACGCUCCUGGAGGAAGUCCUGCACCCAGGUAGACUUUCUCCAUUAUAGAUUCAUGUUGCGUUCAUACAGCGCAGCCCUUGCCCUCGCCAAACAGUCAUACUUUUCCUCUCUCAUUAGUUCAUGCUCCUGCAAUCCCAGACAUCUCUUUGACACCUUUAACUCACUUCUGUGCCCUGCUGUGGCCACCCCCCAAACUAACCUUACAGCUGAUAGCUUUGCAUGCUACUCUACCAACAAGAUUGAACAGCUAAGGAAACAAUUCUCCCCUCCUUGCCAUUCUCUUUCUCAACCACACAUAAAUCAUGCCUUCCCUACCCUUCAGACUUUCUCCCCAGCUACUGAACAAGAGGUGGCUGUGCUUCUUCAUUCCUCUCGCCCCACCACUUGCCCGCUCAAUCCUGUCCUAUCUCACCUCAUCAGAUGUCUCUCCCCUUGUCUUGUGCCUACACUAACACACAUAUUUAACUGCUCUCUCUCUUCUGGCACUGUUCCUGCUGACCUUAAACAUGCCACUGUAGUACCUAUCCUGAAACAAACAUCUCUUGACCCAUCCUCCCCCUCUAACUAUCGUCCCAUAUCCCUGCUCCAUUUCUCAUCAAAGCUUUCGGAAAGACUUAUCUCACUUCCUCAAUUCCAACUCUCUCCUUGACCCUCUUCAGUCUGGCUUCCGCCCUCUCCACUCUACUGAGACUGCUCUCAUCAAAGUCACUAAUGACCUAAUCGCAGCUAAAUCCAAAGGUCACUACUCCAUAUUAAUUCUCCUUGACUUCUCUGCUGCCUUUGACACCGUUGAUCAUGCUCUCCUCCUUCAAACUCUUCAAUCGCUCGGCCUCUGUGACUCUGUCCUCUCUUGGUUUUCCUCCUAUCUCUCCCAAUGCUCAUUCAGUGUCUCCUUUUCCAAGCAUACCUCCUCCCCUCUUCCUGUCUCGGUUGGAGUUCCCCAAGGCUCUGUCCUUGGUCCCCUUCUAUUUUCUCUAUAUACUGCCUCUCUUGGCAAGCUUAUUGCCUCUUUUGGAUUCCACUACCACCUGUACGCUGAUGACACUCAGAUAACCCUCUCCUCCCCGGACCUCUCCCCUGCUGUCCUGCAACGUGUCACUGCUUGCCUUUCUUCCAACUCUGACUGGAUGUCCUCACGCUUUCUGAAACUCAAUCUCUCUAAAACUGAACUCCUUGUCUUUCCUCCUCUCUCGCUCUCCCUUCAAGUCAGUGAUAUCCACAUAAGUCCAUCCUUGCAAGCACGCUGUCUUGGCGUCAUACUAGACUCUGGCCUCACCUUUGAGCCUCACAUCCAGUUUGUUGCCAAAUUCUGUAGGUUCCAACUCAAAAACAUAGCCCGCAUCCGCCCCUUUCUUACGUAAAAUGCGACCAAAGAGCUUGUCCAUGCUCUAGUAAUUUCCCGCAUGGAUUACUGUAACCCUCACCUGACUGGUCUCCCCAAAAGCCGUAUUGCCCUGCUACAGUCUGUAAUGAAUGCUGCAGCUAGACUGAUUUUCCUCUCUAGUCGGUCCUCUCACACAUUACCCCUCUGCCGGUCCUUACAUUGAAAAAUGAAUGACAAUAUCGGAAGUAAAUCAUAAAUGCUCUAUGUCUGUAAGUAUUCAGGAGAAUGCAUUUAAACUUUUUAACUAGAAGGUACAUCGUGUCACAAACCUUGCACAAAUUUAAUAAAAGUAUAUCAUAUACAUGUUGGUGUUGUCUGGAUAGGAUGGAUCAUUUAUCCACAUUUGGUGGACAAUUUCCCAAAUAAAACCCUUCUGGGAAAAAAUUAUAAGUGUGAUAAACUAUGUAACAAACAGAUCAUUUGACACAAACCCAUCCUUGAUUUUAAUUCAUAACUCAAAUCAAUCAGUAGGAGUUUACAUCAAUUCUAUAACAAUUAGGCUGAUAAACACGGCUGAAUUGUUAAUUACAAAAUAUUGGAGACAAUCUUACUCUCCUACUAUUAAAGAAUAGUUUGAAACAGUGGAUGAAAUGUGUCUAAUGGAACAGAACAUUUAUCUAAACAAAGGUAUUAUUGAAGAGCAUAAUAAUAGAUGGGAAGAUUGGUUUAGAAUUAAGGAAACUCAUUAUCUAGUCUAGUCGGUUAGUAAAUUUGUAAUACAUAUGUUAGAUCUUUACAUAUAGAAGCAUGGAGGGAAGGGGUAAAAGAGUAGGGGGGAGUAAAGGAACACUGAGACAAUUGUGUUUGUUUUUUAUUUCUGUUCAUGGUCUUAUUGUUUAUGUUGGUUUUCUUUUUUGUAUAUGAUUUAGUUUUCAUGUCUGUAUUUCCUAUUGUAAACGGAUUCCAACAACCUUGAUAAAAAAAAAUUAAACAAAAACAAACAAAAAAAAACACUACACAAAUGUAUGUAUAUAUAGAAAGUACAUCCCCAUGCUAUUUAAUUAAGAUCAUAUUAACACUUUUUAUUUAACCAAUUAAUUAUGAAUCUUGGCCAAUAUAUAUAUAUAUAUAUUUGUGUGUUUUUUCAUACACGUGUUUUAUUUUGGGGAAUUUCACAGACCAUCCCAUGUUUGUAUUAUGCUACUUAUCUAAAGUAGAAUGUGAAAUGGUAGAGGAUUAGCAGCACCUUGUAGGUGUCCUGAGGUCACAAUCAAAGUAGUCAAUAUGUGAAAUAAGAGGAUAGGAAACACAAUAUAGUAUAGUAUGUUCUUAUAAUCGGUAAGGUACAUUGGUCUCUGACACUGGACCCCAACUGGCUGAGCUCACUAGGUACUCAGAAUAUGUCAAAUACUGAAGUUUCUCUUUGGCUUCUAUAUGAAUAUUAUGUUAAAGAUUUUAAUAUUCUUCUUGUAAAUGUUCAUUAUAAUCUGCAGGUCCAAAGCAACAGUCAUCUCAGGUACAAAACUUGCCAAAGAAAUACAUAAAGAAGUUCAGAAGGAUGUUGCAUCUUGGCUGACACUUGGAAACAAAAGACCCCAUCUCAGUGUGAUUUUAGUGGGAGACAACCCUGCAAGCCACACUUACGUAAAGAACAAGAUAAAAGCUGCAACAACUGUAGGUAAAUGACCAACAAAGAAAAGAGCAGGUGGGGGUAUUAGGUUACUUCAAUGUGCCUACUCAGAGAAGUUCAAAAAUCUUCUCUGUAAGAGAAAUUAAAGUGUUAAUAAAACAUAUUGUGAAAAGUUCCGAAAUCUGUUAAUAACACAGUUUAAAAUUGGCAGGUGAAAAUUAAGAGUAAAUCAAAAGUCAAAGUCAGUACAUAAGUAAUUAAAUUAAAUUUUAUCACAACGGCAAAUUUCUAACUCCAUUCGGACCAAACUGUGCCCGGAUAUAAAGUCACUUCAAAUUCAUUGUUAUUGGCCCAAAAUACAUUUUAAAAGUUUUUAGGUCUUGCUUUGCUUUAUUUCAUUUCUGAAAUGUGCACCAAAUAUCCCAUAUGUCAUGUUACAUUGAUACUAAACUUACAUUCUAAAGACUUCCAGUAAGUGGAACUGAUCAGACAUGUUGAAGCUCCAUGUAAACACCAUUAUUUUCCUAUUCUACACUUUUAUGUAAAGACAUUAUUAUACUGCUAUUUCUUCUGCUAAACGGGAUACGCUUUUUCCCUAAGAAGGGAUGUGAUAGCAUUAUACAAAUAUCUUCGGAAUAAAUACAAACCAUUGUAUUAAUUAGUGGGGUAACUGCUUCAUGAUCAAAUGAGAUAUCUGACUGCCAUUCUGGGGUCAAGUAGGAUUUUUUUCCCUAAUUUAUUGCAAAAUUAGAAGCGUUUAAAACUGUUUUUAUUUAUUUAUUUUCCUUCUUUUAGAUCAACAGCAAAAACAAAUGUGAGAAAGGCUGUACUUGAUUGUUAGAUGUCUCCUUUUAGCUAUGUAACUAUGUAAUAUAUGUAAAUGACCUUGCCCUUGACUUCUAUAAGGCAGGUGCUACUUAAUUAAAUUGAUUUAGAAGAUAUAUGCCUAUUUCACCCUUUAGAAUAGAGCCCGUAUGCCUCAAGCCAAACGUGCCAGUGUGAGGUGGUGAAAAAAAAAGCAGAUUAUAGAGAGUUUGAGCAAGUACAAGGAGGACAAAUCAGACAGAGGCUGAUAAAGAUGUCUACAGUGCGAUCUAGAGUGGUGGAAAUACCAUACUAGUGUCAAUUCUAGUAGGAGAACAGCUAAGAUGGACAGUCAGCAGAAGAAAAUUAGUUGAGGUAGGUAGGUGGUUUCGAAAAGGAGAAUGUUUUGGCUGUGCAACAAUAAAAUUAGCAGGCAGCAAGGAAAUAGUAAAUAUUUUUUUAACAUACAUAUUGGACAAAUGUGAAAAUUGCAUUUACAUAUCUAUGUAUGCAUUUACUGAUCUGUUGAACUGUUCCUGUCAGAAGGAUCCCUUAUCUAUUUUUACGGUGUAAAGGGAAAGUCUUGAAAGGAAGCUUCCUAUUUGGAAUUUCUAGGAAUAGAUUUUUUGCAAAUGCUAGGCACACAUAUCAAUUAAAAUAUUCUUGUGUUUCAGGAAUAUCAACGGAGGUGAUCCAGAGACCCAGAAAUAUCUCACAGGAAGAAUUGCUAGAUGUCAUAGUCAAGUUAAACAAUGAUUCCAGUGUUAGUGGACUGCUGGUACAGCUACCAUUGCCAGGUAUAUAAUUUAUACUAUGUUUUAUUAAUCUGGAUGCAGAUACAAUUAUUACAGAUUUUCUGUCAUAGAAAAGUAACCAAAAUAUUUCCAAAUUGCAGUACACUAGUUCUGUAAAGAAAUUAAAAGGACAAUCCAGGAAUUUUAAUUCAUUUUGAUAGUUUUUUGAUUCAAUUUAAAUCUGUCAUAGUUAUUCACUACAGUGAGAAUUACAGGGUUAUUUACUUAAGUAAGAAUUGCACGGAAUUCAAAGUGAAUAGAAAGUAAAUUUCAAACUAAAAAAGUAGCCAAACUAAAAGCAUACCUGACUGGCACAGUUAUUUUUGCUUUAAAGGAGCACUAUAGGGUCAGGAACACAAACAUGUAUUCCUGACCUUAUAGUGUUAAACCACAAUCUACCCCCUCCUCCACCCCCCACCCAAAAAAAACCUUAAUAUAGUAAAGCUUACUACUUGUAUUCAAGUCUGCAGCUGCUGACUCUGCCCCUGUCUGCCUCUGACCUGCCUGCUGACAUCAUUAGAAGCGGUGGUCUGAGCCAAUCACAAUGCUUACCCAUUGGACUGAAACUGUCAUUUGCAGUGUGUGUACAUAGUUCAGCAGAAAAUGAGGAACAUUAACAUAAUAACAAGGCCAACAUCUAUCCAAUGCAUUAGAUCUGUGAAGAUGCAUAAAGUUGACUGUCCUUUCAAUUACAUUUUAUUUAUGAAAGAGACCCAAGAAACCACCUCAUAACCAGGGAUCCAGUGCAACUGUUCCUAUAUCCCUCACUCACUGUGGGGCUGUCUAG